UAUACUAUGAUUGUUGAAUAUAUAGGACAUACAUACAUACGUAAUGCGGGGAAUCUAUAAUAAUUUGAUUAACUAUCAAUCGUUCGCUAUUGCGCACGUACGGUGCUUACUGCAAUUGAAAUGCGAUUGAUACACUAUCGAUCUGCAGAAAAAUAUUAAUAAAUAAUACAAGGAAGAUACAAAGAUAACGUACGUUCUAAAGGAUAUUCUAAAGAUGUCUCGAGAAUGUCGUGCAGUAAAAGGAACGUGUACAAUAAUAUUUUACAAUUUUACUUACAUGUGAUAUUGCAAGCAAAGAGCACCGUGAUGUAUCGUUGAACUCAAGUUUCUACAUUGAAGCGCGUAUAGCCAAAGAGGUUCCGCUGAUAACGACGUCGUUCCUGUCCCCUAAUCACAUCACGUUUCGUCGAGUGCAAAGGUAAUUUAAAGGAUAUUUCGAUAUGGCAGCAUCGCUCCCGGAUGUCGACAGUGUUAAGGUGAAGGCGUUGCGGACCUUCGCUGAGAAAUUCGGCGAGGAGGCCUCCAUUUGCGUGUACGCACCAGGACGCGUUAACUUGAUUGGCGAGCAUACUGACUACAAUGAUGGUUUUGUACUGCCAAUGGCACUGCCAAUGGUCACGGUGAUAGUCGGAAAGUCUCAUCCUGGUAAAAAAACCAGAAUUUUUUCUUUGAGUGACGUAGUCGGCACUGUAAACGAAUUCGAAUUCGAAGCCGGAUGUCGGACUGAUAUAAAACCAGGGGAGCCAAAAUGGGCAAACUAUAUAAAAGGAUGCAUCGCCAAUUUUAUUUGUGACGUCUCCGCGUUCAAUGCCGUAAUUGUAUCGACUGUCCCAGCGGGCUCCGGACUCAGUAGUUCUGCGGCUUUAGAAGUAGCCACUUACACCUUCUUGGAGAUCUUGAGCGGAAAAAAACCAGAGAAACCGGAACAGAAGGCUUUAGCGUGUCAAAAAGCAGAGCAUGAUUUUGCUGGGGUACCCUGCGGUAUAAUGGAUCAAUUUAUCUCAGCUAUGGGCAAGAAAGGUUGCGCCCUUUUGCUCGAUUGUCGUAAUCUUGUCACUAAGCAAAUACCGAUGCUGCACAUAGAUAACUACGUUUUUCUCAUAACAAAUUCGAACGCACCGCACAAACUGAGCUCAAGUGCCUAUUGCGAGCGCAGAGAUUGUUGUUACGAGGCUGCGAAACUGUUGGGCAAGAAGAGUUUAAGAGAUGCAAAUAUAAAUGAUAUCCUAGCGUUAACAUCGCGAAAUGCAUCCGAUCGCGUGGUGAAAAGAGCUCGUCACGUAAUCACGGAAAUUCAACGAACUCUGGACGCUGCGGUGGCGCUCGAGAAAGGUGACUUUCAGCAAUUUGGACGAUUAAUGAAUGAAAGUCACGAUUCAUUACGCGACGAUUACGAGGUUUCGUCCAAGGAGCUUGAUUCGCUGGUCUCGGCGGCCAGAGAGGUAGACGGAGUGUUAGGAAGUCGUUUGACGGGCGCGGGUUUCGGUGGUUGCACCGUAACUCUGUUGAGAAAGGACACGGUUGACAAAACGAUCCAACAUAUAAAAGCGAAAUAUCCCGGCACACCUGCGUUCUACAUAGCGACUCCUUUCGGAGGUGCUCGAGAAAUCAGCGUCAACUAGUGUUAAUGUUAAUUUCUUAAAUAUACAUGUAUAUAUUUUAUAUUAUCAUACGUUAACAAUUGUACGAUACUUUGAAAUAAUUGAUUCUUCAAGGUAUGUAUAUCUCUUCAGCUCGCGUUUAUCGAAUGCACAUAUAUUUUUUGUAGAAUUCUUAUAUAUUUACAGUGAAAUUAUUUACAAUGCAAUGCUGUCACAAUUUGUGUUUAUUUUAAUACACAAUGAGAUACGAGAGAUGACCUAAUAUUGGUGUUACAGACAAAAAAUGAUUUUUGAAUCGCAAAAUUAAUAAAAGAAGGUUGUAGUCGCUCAUUAUCGAAAAAAUUUUAAAUAAAUUAAAAAAUUAUUAACAAGUA